AUGGAAGAAACGAAAAGAUUGAUGCAGGAACCUGUCGAAGGAAUCUCCGCAGUACCUAGUGAUUACAACGCACGUUACUUUCAUGUAUCUAUCAAAGGUCCAAAGGAUAGUGCCUACGAAGGUGGCCUCUUUCAACUGGAGUUAUUUCUCCCAGAAGAAUACCCUAUGUCUGCACCCAAACGUACCGUGCUCUGA